CCCCCAAAGUGCGCCGGCGCCGGCGUGUGGGCGUGGUUACGGCUGCUAAGCGACCGAGGCAUUUUUUGCGUCGCGCUUCUCCGCCCCAGACCUUCCAGCUCUUUCUCAUUGGCUACGUGCGUUCUGUUACGCAGAGCACGACGGAGGCCGUCUUCGGUGUGGAAAACAUGGAGGCCGGAAGCAGCAGGAAGAGGCACCAGGAGGUGGACUCGGAGGCAUCAGGCCUGUCUGGCGAGGAGGAGGAGGAGGAGAACGACGACGAGGACGACUAUGAGCCCUACGUGUCCGUCAAGCAGCGCAAACAGCAGAAGCGGCAAAAGUUGCUGCAGAAGCACCGUAAGGGAGUGUUGGAAGAGGAACAAAGGGAUAGUGGGAGCGAGUAUCAUGGUGAUGAAGAUGACAUUCCUCUGGGUCCACAGUCCAACAUCAGCCUCCUGGAUCAGCACCAGCAUCUCAAGGAGAAAGCAGAAGCACGUAAAGAGUCGGCUAAAGAGAAGCAGCUGAAGGAAGAGGAGAAGAUCCUAGAGAGUGUGGCAGAGGGGCGAGCUCUGAUGUCAGUUAAAGAAAUGGCUAAGGGUAUCACCUAUGACGAUCCCAUUAAAACGAGCUGGAAGCCUCCACGGUACAUCUUGGCUAUGUCAGAGGCACGGCAUGACCGUGUACGCAAGAAAUACCACAUCUUGGUGGAGGGGGAACGCAUCCCACUGCCCAUCAAAAGUUUUAAAGAGAUGAAGUUCCCACCAGCAAUCCUGAGAGGCCUGAAGAAGAAGGGGAUCCAGCAACCAACUCCCAUCCAGAUCCAGGGCAUUCCCACCAUACUCUCUGGCAGAGACAUGAUUGGCAUUGCAUUCACUGGCUCUGGCAAGACCCUGGUGUUCACCCUCCCUGUUAUCAUGUUCUGCCUGGAGCAGGAGAAGAGGCUGCCAUUUUCCAAGAGAGAAGGGCCAUAUGGGCUUAUCAUCUGCCCCUCAAGAGAAUUGGCUCGCCAGACUCAUGGGAUCCUUGAAUACUACUGCCGCCUGCUACAUGAGGAUGGAAUGCCUGCCCUGCGUUGUGCCCUUUGCAUUGGAGGCAUGUCUGUCAAGGAGCAGAUGGAGACCAUCAAGCACGGUGUGCACAUGAUGGUGGCAACCCCAGGACGACUGAUGGAUCUCUUGCAAAAGAAGAUGGUCAGCCUGGAUGUCUGCCGCUACCUGGCACUGGAUGAAGCUGACAGGAUGAUUGACAUGGGCUUUGAGGGAGACAUCCGCACCAUUUUUUCCUAUUUCAAGGGCCAGAGACAGACUCUUCUCUUCAGUGCCACCAUGCCCAAGAAGAUCCAGAACUUUGCCAAGAGUGCUCUGGUGAAGCCUAUCACCAUCAAUGUAGGACGAGCAGGAGCUGCAAGUUUGGACGUCAUACAGGAAGUAGAGUACGUGAAGGAGGAAGCCAAGAUGGUCUAUUUGCUUGAAUGUCUACAGAAGACCCCACCACCUGUUCUUAUUUUUGCUGAGAAGAAAGCUGACGUAGAUGCAAUCCAUGAAUACUUACUCCUCAAGGGUGUGGAGGCCGUGGCCAUACAUGGUGGCAAGGACCAAGAAGAGAGGACUAAGGCCAUUGAAGCCUUCCGGGAUGGCAAGAAGGAUGUUCUUGUUGCCACUGAUGUUGCCUCCAAAGGCUUGGACUUCCCAGCGAUCCAGCAUGUCAUCAACUAUGACAUGCCUGAGGAGAUAGAAAACUACGUUCAUCGAAUUGGUCGUACAGGCCGCUCAGGAAAUACUGGCAUUGCCACCACCUUCAUCAACAAAGCCUGUGAUGAAUCGGUGCUCAUGGAUUUGAAGGCGCUGCUGCUGGAGGCCAAGCAGAAGGUGCCGCCUGUACUGCAAGUGCUGCAUUGUGGAGAUGAAUCCAUGUUGGAUAUUGGAGGAGAGAGGGGCUGUGCCUUCUGCGGAGGCUUGGGCCAUCGUAUCACGGAUUGCCCCAAGCUGGAAGCCAUGCAGACCAAGCAAGUCAGCAACAUUGGCCGCAAAGACUAUCUGGCACACAGCUCCAUGGACUUCUAGAUGCUCUCUGCCUCUUGUCUAGCCGCAGCUGAACCACAAAAAAGACUUUGUUGCUCUGGAAGGACAACUCUUCUUAAAAUGCCACUUCUGGCAUAGCUUGCUGUGGGCAGUCUGUUGCCCACUGGAGUGGGAAAUGGGCUCAUAGUGGACUUUCUCUCUGUGGGAAGGCUAUUGCUUCCUCAUUGCUAUAGCAUUUGCUGAUCCUACCCCCAAGAUGAAAUGCAGGGCAAGAUCACUGACUUGCCUCCCAAGCUCCCAUGGAUUGGACAUUGUGUAAAAAGAUGCCAUGUGCUGCUUUUCCUGCAGUUGUUGGCUACAGCACCACAAAGCCAGCAUCUAUGGACUGCAGUGUGGCACCUUAAUGUCAUCUUAAGUUGUUCAGUUAUCUUCCUAGAAAAUAGCAUAGUAAUGCUGCAAUAGCCCGUUGCAUCAGUACUAUUGUCCUGUGGGCAUUGGGCAAGCACAGCACCCCUCAGCAGGUGGCCCUUAAGAGGAGAUGAAGACAGAGUCGGUAGUCGGGUUCUGUUGCUCCAUCGUUGAGUCCCAGCAACUGUUUCAGAGGUUUUACAUUCUGCCAUGCAGCUGAGCCGAUCAGUUCCACUCUGCAUGGCCUCAUUUGUCUGUUUUUUAUGCCUUUAGCAAGCCCCUCUGCACCUGCAGGCAGGGAGCUGCGACACUCAGUGAAUCAAAAGUCCCCUGGGACUGUCUCUGUCUCCUGGGACUCCUCUGGCUGUUGCAACUCCCUAUGUGCACGCAGGCCCCAAAGAGGAAGUCAGUAGGCAGAGGAAGUCGCCAGUGCUAUCGUACAUACUGACUCAUCCCUGUGGCAGCCACAACGGCUCACUAUCUCAGCAGUCUCUGCCUUGUUCCUCCCUGGGUUACUUGUUGGGAACCUGCCCUAUGGAGUGCCCUGUAAAGGACGGGAUCCUAUACGUCCAGCAUCUCAAAUUUGGGAAGGUAAAUAGCGGCAUACCGUGUGGCGUGGGAGGGCUGGCCCUGUCCCGGGAAGUCUUUGCUUUUGUGUGUGGGCAGACUCAGUAGUUUUUGCGAUGCGCUUGGUAUUCAGGAGUGCACUGGCCUUGCUUUUGCUAAUGCUUGUGAUGACAUCUUCUGCAAGACAAUUUGGAAUCUGCAGUCGCUGUGCGGACCUUGUGUGUGUUUCCCGCCCUCCUACGUUUUCAUGUGACCAAAUGUGAUUUGUAGCCAAAAACUGUCGUCUGAAUGUAAAUAAAUUCAAUAAUAAAUCACAAUUAAAUAGUGUAUGAACUAA